UCUACCAAUCAGAAUUUUGGUCGAUUCAGCACGUAUGGACCGAUAAGUCGACCAGUCGACUUGGACUUUACAGCCCUAGACCCAAGUGUAUUAUUCUGUCUCUGUGGCAGUCAUCUUGUCUGCAGCAUAUUGUCCACUUAAGUUGGUGUUGAAUGAGUUAUUUUGCUGGUGAACAUCAACCUCAUCCUGUGUUGGUGUGUCCAGCAACUCUGAAUGUCUGAGGAACACACGCAGACACAGCAGGUGAAGACCACACAGAAACAUCAGCCUCAUAGAGCAACGCAGCAUACUCUGUGCACAUGCUUAAAAACUGUCCUGUCACACUUGGAGAAAGGUGCAGAGCUGUUGAGUUGUAGGUACGUGAUCUAACAGGUCAACAAGGAGACGACCCAAAGGUAAAGAAGUGGGAACAUAUCGGUACCUAGAGAUGAAGAAGUAGACAUGCUCACCUGGUUCUUGUAGACUGGGUCAAGAACAGUAGUCCAAUUCGUAGGGCUGUCCCAAUCUGAUCUUGUUAUCAGAUAUCGGUCUGAUAUCAGCCAAAAAAACAAAUAUCGGAUUAUAUCGGCCUGCAUCUAAAAUCUCAGAUAUCAGCUCUCCGAUACAAGCAGUCCAUCCCAGACUCCACUCCAGAACCUGGAUCCAGCAUGAGAGCCCACAUGAUCACAACAACAGUGUGUUCGAGGAGUAGGAGUGAUGUCGGCCAUACAUCUGUAUUUUUCGUCUAAUUCCGAAAAAGUCGUUGCAGCUGAGUGCAAAACUAGUCAUGCACAAGUUUGUGCCAAUAUCAGAUCAAUAUCAGUAUCGACCAGUUCUGAAGGCUUCAACAUCGGUAUCAUAUAGGAAGUUAAAAAAAAUCGUAUCGGGACACCCCUACCAAUCAGGUCACUUAAUUAAGCUCUAACUUUAGUAUUUAACUAAGUGGUUUUGGUCUGAGUAGCUCAGGGUUUCCAUGGUAUCCACUGUACAGGAAGUAUUUUUUUUUUGCAACGUGUUCAUUUUGAAGGUUUUUUUGGUUAGAAGAUCGGUGAAUCAGAGGAACUUUUGACUAAACUGAUAGACCGGCACACUGUAGCCUUUUGUGAGGAGGUAAAAAACCCGCCUUUAGCAGGUUGUGUCAACAUUACCAAUAUGGGAAACGCCGCCAUGAGGUCUCAAAACUUCUCUUCAGAGUGAUGUCGCCAACAUUUAAUCCAGUAAUUUUACAGUCUAGGAUGUAAACCCAAUAAAUUCAGGGCAAAUAACAAAAGCAGGGACUCCUCUCGUUUACUUGUUGGCAUUUUUCAACCAUCAGUAUCCCUGUAUCAUCCUCUGUUUGUUCUCAACUUUUGCAGACCAGUUUCAUCAUCCAGCCCCGCUUCAGUUUGUGUCCUCUGUUUGGCCUUUUGGAGCCGGACCAACACUAUUGUUACCUUUCUCUCCUCCUUUAUCCAAAACUGAGAGGUUUACCAGUUUGUGUCUGUUUGACGUUACUCUCUUACAAGAACAAACAAGUGAGCAUCCUGUUACAUCGGUGAAAGGACACAUGCAUCAGGCAGUGCACUGUGGGGGAUGUAUUUUAAGUGUUAGUAUGAGUCGCUAAGAGGAAACAGGAAAGAGGUUGUCAAACACCAAAACAAGACAAUGCAUGAUGAUGUGAAAAUACGACAAAUACAAGAUGUUAUUACUUAUGUGAAAAUAGGGCUGGGCGAUAUGGCCUCAAAUCAAUAUCACGAUAUAUUGAUCAGUUCACCUUGAUAACGAUAAAUGGACGAUAACUACUCCACAAGCUGCUCACCCCCUCCCACAUUAACUUCGUCUACUUCAGCCGCUCCAACUUCUGAACCGUCCUCCAUCUCCUCACCUGUCUUUACCUCUUUGUUACGGACUGGAUGGGGUGGAGUCACGUCUCUGACGUAGGACAGCGUCUUAAAGGGACAUGAGACCAUAGCCUACCUACACACAUCUAAAACCAACUUUGAUUUACCGUAUUUUUCGCACUGUAAGGCGCACUUAAAAUCCUUUUGUCUUGUCGGAGCGCUGCAGCUACCGUAGCCUCGCAGAGUUAUUGAAUUAGUUCAAUAAAGUUUGACUUUUCUGACUGUUUUGUUUGGCUUAAUGCACUUUAUAAUCCGGUGCGCCUUAUGUAUGAAAAUAGACGCGAACAGACGCGUUCAUUGAUGGUGCGCCUUAUAGUGCGAAAAAUACGGUAUUAAUUUUUUUGACACUGAAUAUAUUGACAUGGGCAAAAUAAUGUUGGUUAUCGUCAUAAAUUUCGGUAUUGGUAAAUGUUCGGUUUAUCCCCCAGCCCUAACUGAAAUUACAAAAAAUUAAUAAGAAAAUAUUUCAGGAGUUGAUUUGGGUGAUAUUUAUUUAUUUUUCAUCGUUUUCUGUUUAAAUUUUAGUAUUGGUUAAUAUUCGGUGUAUCGCCCAGCCCUCAGUUUGCGUUUUUAAUUGACGUAUAUCUUUUGGCUCGAGUGUUGGUGUGCUAAUCUGAAUUGUACUCCUUUGUCUAUUCUCAUUCUCCACACCCUGCACUUGUGAACUAAUCCCAGCCCUGGAGAACACGGUGUAUCAUAGGUGGUGCUCCAGUGUUAGAAAAGUGAUAAAAGUCUUUAUUGGAGUGCAAAAAAAUGAGAGGAACUGCAUGUAACAAGGUAACAAAGAGAAAUAAUGUUUCAGGGAUGACAAGAAUUUGAAGGCACUUUGCAGGAGUGUUUGAAUAACCUCCUGUACUCAGGCCUUUCCUUUCCCAAGCCCCGAUGCAGACUCAUUAAUAGUUCCUCUGGGACUUUAGGAGAAAGGCUCAACCAUGUCUGACCCCUCAAGCGUUCAGAAAUCUUUCUUUCAGGUGCUUUAGGUAAACAAUGUCUGUUGUUUACGUAAAAUGGAUUUCUUUUGGCUGCGCUGUCCAAUAGGGUUUAUAAAUCAGCUAAUGCAGGAAAACCCGACUUCCAGAAAGCAUCUUAUCUCUGAGAGCACAGACAUUUCUGAUAUCCUCCAUAGGGCCCCCUCGUAGUGAAUGACUUCAACCUUGUGUGUGUGAGACCGGCACAUGACAGAGGGGUGGGGAGAGCAUUGUAGGGGCACGGCACUAAGCCUCCCACAGCCAAUAAGAAGUUGUCUGACCUCUCCAUUUAGCAGCGUAGUGUCCACACCGUCCAGCUGUUUGAUCCCGGCGCUGAAUGAACUCAACUUUUCAGCCUCACAUGAAGUCUGAGGCCGAGGUGCUGCAGGCAACUUUUGGACUGUCACGGUGGAUAUAGAGCCACAGAUCUCUCCUGAGGCAUAUGCAGUGAUUUCUUUUUUAUUUCAUACAUAUUUAGAGACUGCGAGUCCCAUUCAAUGAAGUCUGCAGUGUGUUAACGCGCCCCAGAGACUGCUGUUUAUCUGCAGAGCUCAAGAGGCCCCCUUCCAGAGCUCCUGAUAAGGUAAGAGGCUUGAAACACACAAGAUGCACAUUUAUUAUAUUCAAAACAUCACUUAGAAAAUAAUUACCUCUGCGGUUAUUUAUGAAAGAUUGUGUUGUCAAUGUUGAAACAAUACUUGUAACGGGAGUGUGCAAUUUCCUAGAGCAAAUAUUUCGAGUGUGAUUGUCAUCUAAAGUUAAUCAGAGAAAAUUCACCUGAAAUUUUAAUGUCCCUGAGGGGAAAUUUGCUUAACAGGCAGUUGUCAAACACAAACACAAACAAUUUAUCAAACACAAACACAGUGUGAGAUUAAUUUCUGCAACACUGUCACCGCAGAUUUGAUCAGGUAAAAGAGAAAAAACAGACGUGAGGAGGGGGUUUAGUUUGAUUAAAAAUCCUUCAGCAGAUGGAACAAAUGACAAUCAGCUCCUAUUAUCGCCGCCUUUGGGGAAAAAUCAACCUGUGCUCUGGAUGGAAGCAUCUGGAACUCAACAUGCGAAGAAUAUCCAGGGACCCAAACAAGAGACGGCAACUUUGAGAUGACUUUCACUUCGUUCAGGUGAUCAAAGUUACUGCUGGGAGACAGUGGUGCCACCAGGGAUUUCAGGGCCCAGGAAAAAACAUCAGACUGGGCCCCGCAACUUCAAUACCCCAAAAGUUUUACUUUCCUCCGAGGCCCCCUGUCAGUCAUAAUCUCUGAGUCAUCCUGACUCUUUGUCCCAGGUCCGGCCCCCCUCUUUGUAAUCUUAUCUGACAGCUUGACUUGUUUGUCCUGCUGCUUUGUUGUUUUCUUGACCACAACAUUUCAGAUACUGAGGCCUGGAUAUUUACCAACAAAACAAAUGAGCAACAAUGGUGAAAAAUCCCUGAUUGUUACAGAAGUUUACCUGAAAUUACUUUAUUUUUCAUGAGUGGGGUGGGCAGAAGCAGGGCCCCAUUUUUUUAAUCUGGGAUGGCCAAACUAUGGUGGCCCUGAGGUGCAAAACACAAAAGCAAAUAUGAAAGCACAACACGAAAAGAGAAGACACGAUGCCUUUAACCAUUGUGUUUUCUCUUUCUGCGUUGUGUUUUCUGAUUCGUCAUUGUGUUUUGUACCUCAGGGCCUCCGUACCAAACUAAGGCACUGACUUUAACAUGAUGGUACAAAGUGUAUCCACACUCAUUAACGAUUUACAGUCAUUAACUUCUACUAUUUCCAGAAAGCAAACUCAUAAUUAACAUUUUAGUUUCACACAGACUCACACCUUUAUGUUUCAGAGCUACAUUUACUGAUUAUAGCUUAAUUGGUUAAUUAUUGGUGUCAGCAGAGGUGAAAAUAUUAUGUCAUACAAUAAGGUGUUGCAUAUUAAUUAUGUGCAAUUAUGUGCACACAAUGACAGAUUGCAUAGGCUCGCUGCAUAGGAGUGUUUGAAAGACAUCAGACUAGGGCUGGGCGAUAAAACGAUAAUGAUAUACAUCAAAAAUUACUUUCCCUGGAUACCAACAUGAAACACGGUCAAUAUGCUUUUCGAUAUUCGGCAUUCUGCCAUGUUUUGGUCGACUAUACGAAUAGCCAAUAAAAGGGAAGUUGCUCUGAGUCCGACCAGUCUGAUUUCUCUAGCGCAACACCUUAUGACAAAACAUUGAAAAGACACAAAGACCUCACAGAUAUUGUAUUGCAAAAGACAUGCUACCAGAGAGCACUGUUAAAUUUCAUUUAAGAGUAACAGGGAACAUUUCAGAUUGACUAGUGAAUUCUUUAUGUCAUGAAAUAUAUCGAUAUCGACUGAUAUGAACAAAAUAUAUUGUGACGAACUUUUUCCCCGUAUUGCCCAGCCCUACAUCAGACACACUCACUUAAAAAAACACAUGUAUUAUGGAUGGUAGAAUCAAAUGUUUGUCAUGUUUUACGUCUGCUUCUCAAACAAACAGACUUUCACAAUAAGAGUAACGAGUAAAUUCUAUUACAGGAGAAAGUUUGUGUUGUUUACAUUUAGUUUGAAAAUAUCAACAUAUCAAUUAAAGUCAAAAAUCUAAUAUUUUGCAUAAAUACUACAUUUAAAUUCAAGGAAGCUGUUGCAAUAAAACCUGAAAAAGUUGAUCUUUGCACAAGUAUCAUCUCUGGAAAGGCCUGAUAGGGAUUCAUGGUUUAAGAUUUUAGGGUGGCAAACUUGGGGAAAGGAGCGGCCACCCCUUAAAUCCGCCCCUGGGAGGAGGGGUGAGGCUAAUUAGUGAAGUAGCAGUUCAUGCAAAGCAGCGCCCCCUUUGGUCAGGAUUUAAAGACACAGUUGUAGAACAUCUUUAAUAGUGUUAUGUUGGGUAAAAACGUUCAAACUUACUGAAAACAGACUUGUGUAACACGUUAAUGUCAGGAUGUGAACUGUUGGUCAUUGUCUGUAAACACAGCGUUAAAAGUUAACUCCGCCUCCGUAACUUAAUGAUCCUGAGUAGGGGAGACCAUGGUCCACCUCACCAGCAAAUUAACAAAGACUUGAAUCAGUGUUGGAGAGAACAAACAGUGUUCUCUGAUCGCUUCACUCUGUUUUGGUGCUGAACUGGAGUAAACACACCCCUGCCUCCAGACAGCCCCGCAGGAAGACGCCGGAUUUUAUGGGAUCCAUUUGAAGCCACAUUUCAUCCCGCCUGCUGUAUUUGGUUUUGCUGCUGUGUGAUGCUCAGACCCGACCUGUGUCUAAUAGACAGACGCACAGAUUUGCUGUUGGCUCGGCAGCUGCACACACACACACACACACACACACACACACACCACUCCUCAAUAAUGUGAGCGCGGCAAAAUAAUCAGAAAAACUGCAAAUGCAGACGGAGAUCAUGUAGAGACAGAUAAUGCUGCUCCUCUGGAGGGUCAGAAGUGAUCAUAGAGAGGGAUUAUUUUCUCAUGAGGCUUUACAUUGUGUGCUUUCUCUUUAGGAAACACCCCACACUCACACACACACACACACGCACACACUCUCCUGUAGAAAGUCUCAAACUCUUUAUGUUGCUGCUCUGCUGCCACCGCCUCACCCUUGAUCACAUAUUGGGUGCAGGGGCCCUCUCUGAAAAUCAAUAAACAUUUCUUUGGUCUCGGCUUCAUGUAUUUGGAGGAAUGUGGCAACGCCAAAGUAAUGUUUAUUGAUUUUCAGAGAGGGCCCCCUGCACCCCGAGUGAUGGAGGGUGAGGCUGUGGCAGCAGAGCAACGAUAUGAGUUUACUGCUCAGACCCAAUCAAAAGUACCACCCAAUCAUAUCAAGGUCUCACCACCAAAAAUCGACCAUUAGAGUUUGAUUUGUGGAGGUCUGAAGAUAUUUUCGAUAAAGACGUGGAUUCUGGUUGUUUUAAUAUUCGGCAUAUUUAUUCAUUUUGGUGAUACAGUUACGAUUACGACAAAAGUGUCGAUUUCUAUGACCUCCUGUAUCUAAUGAUGCAAAAUACUCAGACUGAUGUUUGUGUAAAAAGUUGAUUCAACUCAGUUUUCUUUGAGAAAAUGUUAAAGUUUUAAGGGAUAAUUUUAUAACGAAUGCUGUGGUCCAGUUUCCUCAGAAGUCAGAUAUCGGAGCUGGGAAUGACGUUACACCCAAGUUGACGGCAUUCCAGGAAACAAGUCCGAAAACCAAAUGGACGCCUACUGUUGUUAGCUGUUGUUAAUAAUCGUCAGCUGUCAUUAGCUGUUGUCAGCUGUUGUCAGCUGUUGUUAGUUGUUGUUAGCUAUACCAGUUUUAAACAGCCCAUAACCCAGUAUUUUACUCUCAAACACCAUUGCACCGUGUUCACAGUUAGAGGUUGGUCAGUACGUCAUAAAUCACUGAUUUAACUUCACAAAAACAAAACAGAAGUGCUAAUAAAUAAAACAUUACAAGAGCUUUUACUGUUACUCUUCACUGUUGAUUCACUGUGCUGCCAUCUUGGAUUAUGACUCAGAGCUCUGAAAUCUCGACUUCAACUGGAACGCAGCAUGAUGCCCAGGGGCGUGUCCGGAGGGCGGCUAGGGCAGCGAGUAGCUUUUGUAGCAUUUACAUCAAACACAUUUUCUUUUAUUGGUGCUUAAAACUAAAAAUUAAAGUUAAAUUUAGUCCAUAAAAAUGUGUGUGGAAGAGGGAGCAGUCAUUCAAGAGUUUCAAACAAACUUCCUCAUUCAUUUAUUAGAAGCAUUUUGAUGCCAAAAUUGCCACCAAAAUCUUUUUAAAGAAAAUUGAUUUUACUCGUUUUCACUCUGCAUAAAUUGCAGCUCAAAAAAUCUCCAUAUUUAUCUCAUACUGGUGUUUGUUUUGUCUGUUUUUCCACUGAUAAAAAGUUAGAUACAGCUUAUGGGUGUUACUUUUUACACAGCAUUAUCGCACAUUUUGUGGUUUUCAGCUCACAUAGAAAGUCUUCAUAUAUGACACAGCCCUUUAAAAACACUGUUGCUUUAAAAAACGAUCUGACGUCGGGCUGUGGCCAUGUCUUUAAAGACAUCCAACAUUGUAACAUGCUUCAGUUCGGUUAAGGAAGCUUUAUUGGUAUGACUGGAGAAUGAGGAUGUGACCAAAGAUGUUUGUCAAGACCAGGUGAAUUUAAAACAUGACAAAACAAAACAGAAAAAAGAAAAUAUAUAGUUUUAUAAGAACAAAAGUCGUAUUUUCACAACUACUGAGAGAAACCUAAUUAAAAGUAAAUGAAAUUACAAAAAUCAAAUAACAUAAUAGGAUAAAUAACAAUGGAAAUAAGUCAAAAGAAAAAAUUAAUAUGCAUAAAUUCAUUGUUCAUCUGCUUUAAUCUAUGUGUGUGUGUGUAAUUGACAGUUGGUCUUAUCUGUGUGUGUGUGUGUGUGUGUGUGUGUGUGUGUGUGUGUGUGUGUGUGUGUGUGUGUUCAGGUUCCAGUGGUUACCCUCGGGGCCUCACACGCUGUGAUGUUUUUUUCUGCAGCUGUUAUCUCUCUGUUGUGUUUUUCUCUCAGUAGAUACUGUAAUUUCUGUGUUUCGCUCUAACUCUGGAUAUUAGUCUGAUAUUUGGGAGUAGUGUUGUUCCCUCGUACGCCUGGUAUUUGGAACAAGAUGUGAAAAAGUGCAGCUCUGUUUCUGCCUGUAAUGUGUCAUAUUGACAGUAGAGGAUUUCUCUCUGUGGUGACUCGACUGUAAUCUCAAAGUCUGUGUCUCAUCAGGUUUCCUCUUAGUUUAGGACUUUUAGAGCGAAGGUAAUCUGCGACUGUGUUGAAGAUCUUACUCAGAAAUUUAACAUCUACUCUUAAAUUUGGGGGGAAACAUAAAGGUUUAAAAAUGUCAUUUAUUCAUGGCUGUGUGCGCACACACUUAAGGAGAUAUUCUGGCGUAGAUUUAAGUAAGGUGCACCUCCAAAGUGUUUUCGAGGUAGAUAAAAACAAGAUAGGUAAAUAUAUGUUCAGCCAAGUAAAAGGACCAGUGUAAAAUGUAGUAAAUAUAUUUUAAAAAGAGGGUAGGGAUUUAAAGCCGAGUAAACUCGAAGAAAGUGCAAGAAAAGUAGAAAAAACAAGCACCAGAUUUGAGAGCUAAGAGCCGCUGCACCCGUGACAACUUUUUUAGCUUUGCCUGGUUUCUUUAGCAAAGAGACUAAACACAACUCACCUACUCUCCUCCAGCAGCCACUUGUUUGUGGGGGGAGCCCUGAGAAGUCAAAAAUUUGGGUUUAUUACUUAAUGGAAAUGCAAUCAUAUACCUAUAUGUCCUGUUGAUGAAGUUAGGUGCUGUUCUGAGCAUUAUUUGUGGCGUUUUGGUUGAGGUUUGCGUGUGGAGACGUAGACCGCCGUGUAUUUCUAUCCUGCGGUCGUUACUAAAGUUGGUAUAACAAGAGAAGGAAGCGGUCGGCAACAUUUAUCUCUGAAGGGGGUGUCUAACUCAGUGUUACGGUGUGUUUGACCCUAACUUAAAUUUACACCGGAAUAUCCCUUUAACACCACCCCAGUGUUUGGGCCUCCCCAGUCAAAAGUUCUGGAUACGCCCCUGCUAAGAAGCACCAAAGUCCAUCCACAGAUUAAAGUUUCACUUCAUUCAACAUUCUGAAGCAACUUUUGUUCUUGAACUAACCAACUUUUGCUUCUAUCUAUGUCCUAUUUAUAUUUCUGCGGCUCACAAUGGAACAAAGCAGAGGGGCUGAUUAGUCCCGGAGGUCCUCUUACAGAGCACGUAUAGAGGUGGGGUCCCUGAAUGGAGCAUAUGGAGGAUAUUUCUAUAAGGAGGACGUGCUUUGCUUGAGUUGGCCUCCUGCUAAUUUGGGUCAAGUCUAACAAAAAGGUUUUAUAACUUCACAUACCGAGCCUCGGGUCCCGACUGUGCUGUAGGUAACUCAUGUUAGAUAAAUUAACUCCAAAGGGGGAGGUGGUGGAAAUCUUGUCUCCUUGAAGCUGGGACAUUAAAGUCUCCUCAGCUGAUGUCCUCUGUGCAGCCCACCCUGUUAUAUAUCUGUGUGUGUGUGUGUGUGUGUGUGUGUGUGGAUGUCAAGUGGCACUUCCAGGCCACCCACUUUAACUUCUUUAUUUAGACCCUUCCAGUGUGAGCGAGGCCAGCAUUGAUGCCUCCGCUCAUUUUUCUGCUCGUAUUAUUCUCCAAUGUGACUGAAAAAAAAUGAACUCUACACUUUUAAAAAACUUUUCUUUGAAUUUUAGAGACAAGCAAUCAAUCCUUAGGGUGAAAUUAUCUGUUUUAUUCAUUAUUUUGGUGCUUGUUCCAUUUUAUCCGGAGUCCCAUCUGUCUGAAGUUGUUCUGCCAUUCAUCAUCCGAUGUCAACCGCUGAAUUUUUUAUCCUUUCGAAUACGAGAAACUCUUUCUCUGCUGCCACUAAUGUUAGAGGCCGCUCAUGGAUGUGAGAGGACGAUUUCAGACGGUGAUUUCUUUCUCUUUCAACCUUCAGAGUUUAGGGUGGGAAACAUUGAUGUGUAAAGAUAAAUUUAACAUAUCUGUAUUUUCCGUUAGUCAAAAAAGAUGACAAGAGCUUCAUAACUCUUAAAGUAUGUUAUAGCUGAGGAGAUUGAUAAACCUCAUGUCCUUUUCGAUGCUAUAUCUUGCAAAAUAAAAGUAUAUUUUUGAACAAUUUCAUGAUCAGAAUCAACACAGGCGAUACGACAGGCUGACAAGUACAUUUUUAGUUAUUUAGAGCAUUUAUUUCUUCUAUACCCACACUCUCACCACCAACCAAAGCGAUAUUAAUAACAACAAACCGCGUGUUUUCACAGAGGUGGAAAAUCUAUGAAGUUGCUCCUUUGUGAAGCUGUCAUCAUUUUUGCACUAACCUGACCCGCUGACAGAAACUCUUGUUGGGAAAUGUCCACAAACUUUUAGAGCCAGAGAGAGAAAAAAAGAGGUUUUUUACUGGAGCGUAACCCUCUUUACUGCCAUCGUUAGGGGGACCAUACGUCCUCUUUUACCGUCCUAUUUUUGAGGCCUGUCCAGAGGGAGUUUAUAAAAUCCUUCAAAUGUCCGCGGUUUGUAUGUAUGUAUGGAAGUUUUGAGUCUGUGUCGUGUGGACUAACUAAAAAAACCUCGACCCAACCUGAAAAACUCUCAAAAUUUUGCGUGCGACUCUGCCCCAUAUAGCAGUAUCCUCUUUUUAGGGAUUCAGAACAUGGUCACCCGAGCCCCAAAGGCCUGCCAACCAAUCCUCGGGUGUUUUGUCCAGGAGGUAAAGAUGUGAGCCAUCAUUUUAAAGAUAUACAACAUGGCAUUAACAACCCUUCCCUUGUUGUUGUAUUUGAUCUGUAUGAGAUCAUUUUGAAUGCAAACUGAUAAUUUGGGUUCCUUGAGGCUCUGUUGAUGUUAAACCCUUUCAUUCGUGUUGAUUUUGGGGCCCCCUGGUGGACAAAAAAAGAAACCUCUCCUCUCUUUGCUUUUGAUUUGAUUGAAAUUGUUUUUUUGGAUCCACCAUUAGUGACAACAAGAUAUGCAGUAACUAUUCUUCCUUGGGUCCUUAGAUCAUUAGUUUAGGACUCUCAGAGCGAAGAUAAUUUUGUUUGAGGAAUGUUUGAUUUUGUUCUGGGAAUCACAAAAAAUUUCACUUUCUUUGUUUUUGACUCUCACCUGAAAUCUUAGGCAUGAAAAGGUAAAUGGACGACGUUUAUUUCGCGCUUUAGCUCUGGGCUUCUGACCGCUCAUGUGCAACUUUGCUUUACAUGUCGUAUCGACCCGUUUCGACCACAUGGACACAUUGAUAGCAGAGGCAGAAAUGUGAAGUCCAGUGGGACCUGGGAUCGAAUUCCCAAUGCGCCGUAGCUGCCUUUGAUUAUCAUUGAUAAUCAUUGAUAUGUUGAUUGAUUUUAUAUUAUUGUCCUCAAAAACUGAAUGUGAAUUAGAGUUGAUGUAUUGUAUCUGUAACAGAAGAGAGGCCUGCAGAUAUUUCCUCGUGCUUUUGCAAAGCUAAGCUAACUUCACCUGCCCCAGCUGUGAGGUAAAUAUCUUUUUUAUUUCUCUCUCCUUAGUUUUGUAGAAAAAAGCAAAUCAAUUCCCAAAAUAAUGUGUCGACUCACGUAACAGAAUCAGGCACAAACAGUUAAUGUUACCCAAACACCACUGCCUUUUUAAGAUAAUGGUGUUGGAGUAAAAGAAAAAAAAAGCUUUACAUCUUCAUUUCUAAGACCACACAUUGACAAAUCCUCCAGCGUUAAUGCAAAUGAUCAGAAGACAGACUCCACUUUGUGCUCAAAUAUAUUCCUUGUCUAUAAUCUAUAUGCAAAUGUUAAUUUCCCCAAAUCUUACUUAUGUGAUCUAAUUAUUCUUAGUGAGCCAUAAUGUCUCUCUAUAUGAAUAAAUAAGAAAUAACUCUUAUCUCCCUCCACUGAGCCGCUGCCUAUUGUAUCCAAUAAUGCACAGAAUAAAAGAGGAGGCACAUUUACAGCUGCACAGCAGCAGCUCAAGUCCCCGCUCAAUAACAAAAUUUCUUUAACGCAUUAAAUAUUCACUACUCGCUGCACACUACUGACUUAUCCAAUAAGUUUUCCAAGAGCUAAACCAAUUCAUCAACCACAUCAAGUCCUCCUCGGCUGAAAAACACUACAUCAUCACCCACUCCUGAGCGUUGCCCUGAGCUAUCGAGCAGUGUGAAUUCAACCUGUAUUCACCUGAUCGAUGCUUUCUCUGGAUACUCUCCCCUGUGUAAACCGUACAGUAAGUUGUUUGACUCUGCAGAUGGGCUCUUAUUUAUCACCAGGCCGGAGGAGGUUACUCAGUGAAUACGUGCAGAAAGAAGGACGUCAAAGCCAAAAACAGCUCUCCUUUAAUUCAGAGGCUUUUUUCUGUUGAGUAAGGGGAAUAUUUAUCGACGAACCUGAUCUCUCUUCAAAUACACAUGAGGUGUCAGCAGAGCAGAGAUCCUGCAGAGGCCUCAUCAGUUCAUAUACAGAGCAUGUGCUGGAUGUUUAACAUGCUGACAGUGAUUCCAGACAGUGAAUGAAGAAAGAAACCACCUGCCACCAGAGGAUAAGACGGUGGAGAUGGUCGAUAUACUGAAGAUGAGAUGCAUGAGGAAAAAGAGAGGUCAGGGGCCAGGAGACGGAGGGAAAUGAACAAUGAUCAAUUCUGUCAGACAGCCAUAAACAUGGAUAUCUCCCAUGUGGGAGGGACAAAUGCAUAUUUAAGAAGUUCAGCACUUGAUGAGGAAAAGGAGGAAAGACAAGGUGAUGAUGGAUAAAUGAAGGAGGGAGAAGAUAACUCUGUGGUCUUUCUCUGUUAUCGCUCAUUUCAGGUUUUUAUCCUCCGCUCUGAAAUUCUUCCUUUCACAUCAGAAAAUAAAAUCCUCCACAGACAGAAACACCGCACACAACGUACUCUCGGUUCACGGUCGCUGUGAAGUCUUUUUAAGGCAGUGAAUACUAAGACCUGUGAUUUAUUUCAACCAUCGUAAAAGUUCAAGGGCGAGCACGUCACCCUGCAGUGACAGUCAGACUAGAGCUCCUCUUAUAUCUCCAGGUUGGCGUCUUCUUUGACUAUAAACCCGUGCAAUCAAACACAAAGAUGUGCGUUUGUUACUACUAAGUUCUAGGGCUGCAUGUGAAACACAUUUUAAAUCAGAAUACUCCUAAUGGCUGUGAGACGUCAUCGUCUGUCCGGUUAGGGUUAGGAUUAGGAUGAGGGUUAGGAUUAGGUGAUUCAGAAGUGCGAUAAUGUUCUGUAAUGUUCUGUUCGAUGUACAGAGCCAACGGCCCGCGUUUGGCUUGAGCGUGUGAUGACAUUUCCAGCUUUUCUAGCCAAUCAGACAUGAAGGAGGCGGGACUUGUGUAAACAAACAUGGCGUUUGCAAAAGAAGGUGAUAAUUUUGUGGUUGAAUAGGACAAGAGCGAGUCAGUCGUGUUGAAUUGGUACGACAGAUGAAGAGCAAACCACCCCCCGCUACAAAGUCUGUCUGAAGGCGGUAUCAACCCGUCCACAGUUUUAUCAUCCGCAGAAAAACCCUUCCUGCCGACUUUUGACAGACAAAUGCAUCAUUUAUCGUGAAUAUUAAGUGUGUAAAAAACUACAGGCAUGAUUCUCUAAAACCUAACAUUUCUAUUUCUCUGUCUCCUGAACAGAUCCUAAUAUCCGUACAACCCCACUGAAGAGGAGUUGUGUGAGUGAAAAUGGCGCCCGCUGUUGGUGGUCCUGUCGGCUACACUCCACCUGAAGGUGGCUGGGGAUGGAUGGUGGUAAUCGGAGCUUUCAUCUCCAUCGGUUUCUCCUACGCUUUUCCCAAGUCCAUCACAGUCUUCUUCAAAGAAAUCGAGGUGAUCUUCAACGUGACCAGCAGCCAAGUCUCCUGGAUUUCUUCCAUCAUGCUAGCAUGCAUGUACGGCGGAGGUAAGGUUAUGCAAACUGAAGAAGUGUUACACAGCAGACUGAAUCCCGGCUCCUCAGACAGCUGUAAAAGAUGUGUCCUGCAGUUUUCUCAGAAACAGACUCGCUCUGUAGCCUCUCAACCUCCUGUUUAUCCAAAAAUAGUCCACAGAUUCUCAGAAAUAGAGUGCAACAUAAAUCAAACGUCUCAUACGGAGUAAAACAAUACUGUAACUCCUCCAUUGAAGUUUUGUUUAUAACGGUGCUACAUUAUCUGUCUCAGGGGUCCAUGAAUGGGUUUUAUCCACGUAUUGUUUUCCCCUGUGCUUUGAGAGCUGAAGGCCACAGUGGGAUUUUUGUUGUGUUCCCGUGUUGUGAGAUGAAUGCCGGGUGAUGUCACUCGGGUCCGGCCGGUCAGGUGGCGAUAAGGGUCUGUUCAUGUGCGUGAUAUUCAACACGGAGGGAGCGGAGUUCAAAGGAGCUCUCCUCCUCCUCGAGAGUCCCUCCAGACCGUCUGCUCUGAAAUCAAAACACAGCACUUCUCUUUACUCUAACGCGUGAUUAACCGGGAAAAUGAUGACUUAGGCAUCUUUUUUUAAUCUCAGGGAAGUUUUAGGAAAGUUGCUUUCGUGGGCUGAAAUGAUGUGAAGUGGAAGAUUAGACUAGUUAGUAACAAAUACUCAAUUCUGACAGAAGUGAAUGACUAACUCAGAAGAUAUGAGGGCAAUAAACAUGGUCAUUGUAGUUCUUUACUGUCACUGUAUUCAUUAGAUUACAUGCAAAGUGUUCAGAAUAUUAUAUAUAAUGUUGUAUAUUUAUAAUAUAUUUCAAUUUUACCACAAAUAUAAGAAAAAGAUGCUUAGAUAUUUAAAAUAUAUUAUUACCCAGAAUAACUUUCAUGUUCUGGUCAGGAUUAAGAAGCUAAGAUGUCAUGUUUUGAUGGUAUUUUGAUGGUGAAGUUACAUCAUAAUAAUAAUAAUAAUAUCUUAUUAGUUAUCAUACUUUUUUUCCUCUUGAUUUCAUUGUUUUGUAUUUUACCAACAUUGACUAUUUUAAAGUUAUCACUAACUUCAUACUCAUACGAUAACAAAGGCUUGAAUCCCAAACCUGUUGCUAACUGUCCUUACUGUCUUACAGAGGGAAACAUGUUGUCUUUUUAUACUGCUCUGUUAAACGACACUGAUGAUCCUCUUUUCAGCAUCUAAUUAAUAUGAGAAGCUUUGAAAUCAUUUAACAUUAAUGCAGUUUUACAGACACCAGCAUGGCGGGGUGCAGUUACACCAACAUUCCUCUCUAAAUGUGAAGUUGGAGGAAUAAACAUCCGUACAUAUAAUCUUAAACAGUUUUGCACGUCAACAACAGGAGGAUUUAAUCAAACAGUGAAGUCUUCAUUACUUCACAACACUCUCCUCAUAAAGAAAGAAAAACCUCGCUUGUGACCAGGCAUCACAUUCCUGCUGGGGUUAAAGGUUACCCAGAUAUAAAGAGGGAACAUGUGAACAGUCUUAACACUUUCACAGAGGCUUGCAGUGUGGAAUUUAAUAUAUUCUUUCAGUGGAGGUACUUGUAUUAGCCCUUUAUUAAUGGGGCAAUGUGUAGAAUAGAGUUUGUGGAUAUGAGGUACAAUAUUCAAAAGUAUUAGCAUGUAAUCCUCUAAAUGCAAACCCCUUUUAUUUCGUUAACUUAGAAUGAGCCUUUUAUGUACAUGGAAGUGGGUCCCCUACAUGGGGGCGGCAUCUUGUACCACUCAGUGCGUUUACAGUCACAGUUUAAUCAGACUUAGCUCAUAAUUCAGUUUUUUGCCGAAUCAGACUUCUCACCUUGUUCUCGUAUACAUGCAGCUAAGAAAGUCCAAUUAUUGACGUGAACGUGUCCUCCUCCCCAAAACUAGGGGGCGGUAUGGGUCUUUUCAGCUGUGCUUUCCCCGACACCAUACAACCGUCAACAACAACAGCAGGUCAGACGUCAGAAGUGUCUACAACUGCUGCUGGGCAUUUUGGAGAAACAAGAAGAUGGAGGAUCGUACAGCGUUGUUAUUGUCGUACAUGAUGAUGCUACUCCUCAUGACGCUUCUUCUCUGGUGUUUUUGUUCUGGAGUUACGGGGGCGUGGCAUGCGUGCACAUGCAUUGUCCUAUCACACUCCGCCUACGCUCGUUACGUGGCAGAGAAAAUCGAAUUCCAGUCUCAUUAUCUGGGUGACUUAAUCGGAGUUUUUCCGACUCCAAUCGGCCUUAAUCGGACUAAGGUGUUCACAUGCACUUAAGUUGUCUGAUCUUAAUUGGAGUAAGGCGAUAAUUCGGUUUUUUCGAGUGUCAUGGAAACGGACUGACUGCAGCACAGAACUGUGGAAGAGGAUUACGGCCAUUGGAAAAUAAAAAAAAGAGGUCCAAUAUUUUUUUAAAUUAUUAUUCUGAGAUUUAAGUCAAAAUUCUGACUUUAAACUCAGAAUAAUAAUUUUAAAAAAAUGUAUAUCUGACCUUUUUUUUUUAAUGGCCUUAAUCGUCUUUAUACAGAACAGACAAACUAGUAACACACAUGUUGUUAUGUUGAAAGAAUCUGUACUCAUACAAGAAUCAUAACUGUCUUGCAUCACAUGUGCUUCUUGUCCUUAUAGGCCACUGUAGCUUCACCAACAGCAGGGGUGAGCAAGGGAGCAUUUCAGCCCAGAAUCUAAGUCUAGAUGAGGCUGAAUAUUCCCAUUUCUACACACUGUACCUUUAAGGCCUAAACUGAGUCAUGCACCUUUCUUUCUAAACUCAGAGUCUCAGUAUACUCAAAAUUCAGGUGUUCCUUUGUUUAUUCAUGUAAAUGUUUAGAUGUAUACAUAUAUACACAGAUGAAUAUGGAUGGUAAUUGAAAGUUAAUGUUUGUCAGCAGAUAACAGCCGAGUCUGUUCUCCUCUGUGGUAAACAUUCAGAGCACAUCAGCAGUAGAAGUUCAUUAACAACCUACUGUUGCGUACCUCUGCACCCCUCCAAUUUUUGUCUCAUUACAUUCAUAAUAUUCUACAUUGGUGUGUCUUGGACCUUUUUAUCCCGAGCAACUCUUCCUGCUUGGCGAAAGGAAAGAACUCAUUGUUAGUGCGGAGACCGGCUGCAUUACAAUUUAUAAAACCCUUUGUCUUGCACCGUGCUGGCAAAUGAGUGUGGACAACCUCUAAACAAAAACUGUCAGUUUCUAUUUUGGCUCAUUGGAUCGCGCUGGGAUUUGGCAGGGAGGCAGAAGUGUCUUCCGUGUGGGUCCUCAUACUCAUUUGAGCUGGUUGUUAUAAGGAGGAGAUGGAGACGGGGUUUGUGACGUGACACUUCUGUGCAUUUUAAGUCAUUUGUUUACAGGCCAUUGUAAUUUUUCUAAUACUUGUUAAAUCAAAGGUGAUUGCCUAUUGAUCAUUUAAUUUGCUGUUGCUUAGUGGUACAAGCAUUCUUAGAAACGAGUUCACUUUGUGCCAAAAUUGCUACAAAUGUUCUGUAUGUGCAUCAGUCCCAUUGAGCCCUCCUCUCUGAGCACACAUGCUGAUACACCCACCCACUUAUCUAAACUGAGGUACUUCCAAUAAUCAUUCAAAUACAUUACGACCCCUUUAAGAGAAUCAAAAUAUGAAUCAUCCCUCUGUGUGUGUUUUUUUAAUCCCUGAUUGAUUAUUUCAUAGAGGCUGUCAUGGUUUUUCUGACAGAUCACUUUAUAAAUGGCAUGAGAACACAUCUACUGCAGUGCAGCACUGACAGAAAUGAUUGCAGAAGUUGUUUGAAUGUGCUGAUCCACAGCUGUGACACUGGAGCUCUCUAGUGGUUAGAUGAAGAACUGAGCACUGAAGAUGGUGAAGAAGAAAUCUCCGUCUUUUAGCUUCUAAUAUAUGUAUUUGUGUGUUUUUCUUUCACCUCAGGUCCUAUUAGCAGCAUCCUGGUGAACAAAUAUGGAAGUCGUCCUGUGAUGAUGGCUGGAGGAUGUCUGUCUGGACUGGGCCUCAUUGCUGCCUCUUUCUGCAAUUCUGUUCAAGCCCUGUACUUUUGUAUCGGUGUGGUAGGAGGUAUCUAAUUUUGACUUUCUAUAUUUCCAAGCUUGGGUGAAAAAAAAAAAAAAAUCACCUUUUUUCUUAUUUGCACUCUAGUGCCAUCUAGUGUCUGUAGUAGGUAACAACACCAAAAAGAACAACAGCUCUCCACAGGCAUCAAUUCAAAAGUUUUUAAUCUGUUUGAUUUAUUGAUAUUAUUUCCUAAAGAAACAAAAACCCAACAGGAAAGAAAGACAAUAAUUAAACACCUUUACGACAAUGAAGUGGACAGUGCAUAAUACUAAAAAAGUAGGAUAAGAUUAGCUAAUGCCCUCCCUCCUUUAUUAUUAUUACUAUUAUUAUUAUUACCUUUAUUUAAUCAGGUUUGUCCCACUGAAAUCCAAGAUCUCUUUUGCAAGAGAGACCUGACCAAGAAUGUCAGCAUAUACAGUUUCAAUACAAUAAUCACAUUAAUCAUAUAUAAUACAAAUAAUACAAAUAAUAAUUCAAUUUUCAAAAUUAGUCAAAAGAAUUUACAAGAUUGGUCAAACAUUUGCACUCCUAAAGCCUGGAUGUAAUGGAUUUUAUCAUGGAUCUAAAUUCAUCCAGAGAUACCAGACUCAAAGGUCCUGGGAGCAGAGACUGUUGGCCCUGUUAUUCAAGAUUAAAAAGGAUGAUAAAUAAGAUGGAGUCAUCUGAAGAAUCGCCUUAUAAAUCAACAUUUUUAACUUACUCAUUGAUAGAAACCAAAUACACCUACAGAUAAUGUUUUUGGAUCAAAUCUUUUAGGUCUGGGAUUGGCCUUCAACCUCAACCCUGCUCUCACCAUGAUUGGAAAGUACUUCUACAAGAGACGGCCCAUUGCUAAUGGAUUAGCGAUGGCCGGCAGCCCCGUGUUUCUCUCCACCCUGGCUCCUCUGAACACUUGGUUCUUUGAUCAGUUCGGCUGGAGAGGGAGCUUCCUGAUCCUGGGCGGCCUGCUUUUUAACUGCUGUGUCGCUGGUUCCCUCAUGAGACCCAUAGGACCCAAACCCAAACCUGUAGAGAAAAGUACAGAGAGGAGGACUGUAGGGCAGGUUAUUAACAGCUUCAUAGACCUGUCUUUGUUCAAGCAUCGUGGCUUUUUGCUCUAUAUCAUGGGCAACGUCAUCAUGUUUUUCGGCCUCUUUACACCACUGGUGUUCCUCAGUAAUUAUGCAAAGAGCAAAGACAUCCCCAAAGAGAAGGCAGCUUUCUUACUCUCUGUAUUGGCUUUUGUUGACAUGGUUGCUCGGCCGUCAAUGGGUAUUGUGGCAAACACCAAGUGGGUUCGACCCAGAGUACAGUACUUCUUUGCUGCCUCUGUGCUCUAUAAUGGUGUUUGUCACAUUCUAGCACCAAUAUCAGUCGACUACACAGGCUUUGUGAUUUAUGCUAUCUUCUUUGGGUUUGCGUUCGGCUGGCUGAGCUCAGUGCUGUUUGAGACCUUGAUGGACCUGGUGGGGGCACAGCGCUUCUCCAGCGCUGUCGGACUGGUCACUAUCGUGGAGUGUGGUCCUGUACUGUUAGGGCCCCCUGUGCUCGGUGAGUACAUGACCAACUUUUUCAGAACAAUUAUUCAUUUAAUAUUUGUUUACUUGAUCUUUAAGAUGACUAAAAUUGUGAUUUGUUUCUUUUUGUCUUCACAGGGAAGUUCAAAGACAUCUACCAUGAUUACAAGUACACAUACCAGGGCUGUGGGAUCCUCCUCAUAGUCUCAAGUAUCUUCCUCUUUGUAGGGAUGGGAAUCAACUACCGUCUCCUGGCAAAGGAAAAAAAGCAGGAGGAGAGGAAGGGCAAGUUAGGAAUCAGAGAAUCAAAGUCCAGCAAGGACAGUGCAGCCAAGGAGGUGGCUGAGGCCAAGAACACAGAAGACACUGUCUAAUUCUAAUUCCUAUCACGUUGAGCUGUGUUUUGGUUCAUUCAUAUUUUGUUUCCAGUGGCAUAUAUAGACAUAUAAAGAGACAGCAGAUGAGUAAUUUCAUGUUUCUGAAUGAUUUUUAUUUUGAACAGCACAGAAAUUAUAACCUCAUGACUGCCCUUGCAGUACUGUGUGAAAUAUUUAAACACCUAAUAAAGCCUUUAAACUUUAAUGAACAAUCCACAUAAAAUACCUCUGAUGUACUUGCAGGGACUGUUAUAUGUGUUUGAUAGACUAUUAAAGUUUGCUUAGUCUUUUAUCUCACUUAUAUUGUGAGACUAUUAUGUUGUAUGGUGUCUUUGAAAUCUCAGAUAGCCUCACUAUGACUAGAAGUUGUUUUUUUGCUGCGUACAGAUUAUAGUUUAUUAAUCAUUUGAAAUGUACCAUAUGAUAAUGAAUGGUAUUAUUUAGUAUGGAGCAUUCAAAGUACAGAGCUGUACUUUUUCAAGCAUACUGCACUGAAGGUGUGUAUUAAUAGCACUUAACUCACUUUUCUCGACUCAUUAUCUCUGAAAACAAAUGAAUAAAAAUGUGUUUUCUUGUUCAUUUGAAUUGUGUAGCUUUUGAGGGGCUUUGAGCAUCUUUGCUAUCUGCUUUGUGUAUUUUACGCAUCUAUAAAAGCACUUAUUUUACAUUUGUCAUUUAAAUAUGUUUAGCUCCAUUUCUCAGUGAUGGAAAUUAGCUUUAUCUUUAAGUGCAUUAACCCUUAUUGUAAUAACUGUGUGUAUUUGCAUGAUAGGAAAGUGUGCCAAUGACUGCAGGUUACUAAACAUGGAAUACAAGUUAGAGAAUCAAAUAAACUGUCUUUAGACACGAAUACAAA